AUGGCAAUGCACGUGCUCACCCGUGUCGGAGUCGCCACCUGGUCGGACUGCCCCGAGGAUGCCGCGUUACUGCAGGCCGAGCUGCUGGAGCGCCUGGAGACCGGUAGGGACAACGACAACGACCUCAUGGCUCGUGCUCAUCGCAAGGCUGCGAUGGCGAACAGGCUCCCGCCAAGGUGCGCGGCAGGAGUGAACCAGGAGGCGCUGCAGUGCCCGAUAGAGCUGAUGACGGUGGCCAUCGCCCAGAUGUAUGAUCGUGUUGGAGCUGAUGACGUUCAGGUGACGCGCAUAUGGUGGUAUGCAACAGACAGAGCGUUCAUUAAGAAGUGGAUCAAGAGCGGGUGCUGGACGUGCCCCGUCACCGUCGAGAGGCUCUGCAGCGCCGAUCUCGUGACGAACGUCGUGGCGCGUGGGGUCAUCUCGAGCAGCUCCUCAGCCGGGGUGUCUUGCUCCACGAGUCCAGUAGCAAGCACUAGCCACCGGUGCGCGGUCGACAUGACUGCCACGCCGUUCGGCAUGGCCGCGGCGUUCCUAAUGGCGAGGCUACCUAGCGGAGUAGAAGAAGAUGACAACAACGCCGUGAACGUGGAGGCCAGGCGGCGGGCGCUGGUGGAAGCUGGCGGGUUGGGCUUCAUCAUCGACGCCGUGAACGUGGCCGUCAAGGUCGAGGAGAUGUCGGUGCUCAUCGUCACCAGCGUGGGCGACAUCGAGGUGGAUCUCCACACCGACCGGUGCCCCCUCACCACCAAGAACUUCCUCAAGCUCUGCAAAAUGAAGUACUACAAUGGGUGUCUGUUCCACAAGGUGGAGAAGGAUUUCUUGGCGCAAACUGGCGAUCCAACUGGAACUGGCACCGGUGGUGAUUCUGUAUACAAAUUUCUGUAUGGUGAUCAAGCUCGAUUUUUUGAUGAUGAGAUCCGCCCUGAGUUAAGGCAUUCAAAAACUGGAACUGUUGCUAUGGCCAGUGCUGGUGAAAACUGCAAUGCCUCGCAGUUUUACAUUACCUUGCGGGAUGACGUGGAUUACCUUGAUGAUAAACACACUGUGUUUGGGAUGAUUGCCGAAGGUUUGGAUACGCUGACAAAAAUAAAUGAAGCUUAUGUUGAUGAUAAAGGAAGACCAUUCAAGGACAUAAGAAUUAAGCAUACUUAUGUCUUGGAUGAUCCUUUCGAUGAUCCUCCUCAGCUUGCUGAACUUAUUCCUGAGAAUUCUCCUACAGGAAAGCCACGUGAUGAGGUUGCAGAAGAGCGUUUAGAGGAUACUUGGGUUCCUUUGGACCAAACAGUGGCCCCUGAACAACUUGAGGAGAUGAUCCGCUCUAAAGAGGCACACACAAAUGCAGUAAUACUUGAGAGUUUGGCAGAUAUUCCAGAUGCUGAGAUUAAACCUCCAGAAAAUGUCUUAUUUGUUUGUAAACUCAACCCAGUAACACAGGAUGAAGAUUUAUACACAAUCUUUUCUCGUUUUGGAACUGUGACAUCUGCUGAAAUAAUUCGUGACUACAAGACUGGAGAUAGUUUAUGCUAUGCUUUUAUUGAAUUCGAUACAAAGGAGGCUUGUGAGCGUGCAUAUUUCAAGAUGGACAAUUGUCUGAUUGAUGACCGAAGGAUCCAUGUUGAUUUUAGUCAGAGUGUUUCGAAGCUGUGGGGUCAGUUCAGACAAAGCAAAAGAAAUGCAAAGAAAGAUGGGUGUUUUAAGUGUGGCGCCCCUGAUCACCUAGCCAGAGACUGCGAUCAAGAUGGUGAGCAGAAAAACAAAGGCCCAAAUUAUGUUCUAAAAGAUGAAAACACACAGCGUGGUGGAAAUCACCGUCGAAGCUAUGAUCUAGUCUUUGACGAAGAUGAAGCUGAUUAUUCUGAUAAGAGAGAUCAUGAAAAUGGCCACAGAAGAAAGAAUCGAAGAAUAGAUGAUCGAAAAUCAGAGUUGCCACCUCGUGGUGAUCAUGAUAGAAAUAGCCAUGAGAGAACGCACAGUGAUGAGAAAGGAAGCAGGCAUGGGAAAGAUGAUAGGAACCGAGGGAGUUGGAAACAUGAUGACUACCACAGUUACAGUAGAUCCGGUGAUCGAAGCUCUGGUAGAUAUGAUGAUCGUGAUUAUAGCAAGCACUCUAAUAGAAGCAGAAGUGGGGAGGAAGAGGAAGGCUACAGACAAAGGGAUAAAUCUGAUGCCGAGUGGCGCCAUAGAGAUGACGGCUACGAGAAGAGCAAUCGCCACCGGAGAGAUGAAGAUGACCACAGGAAAAGGAGCCCAGAUAGUAGACAUAGAAGAGAAGAUGGAGGACACCAUGUGAAGAACCAGCAGUCUGAUGAUAGGUCCUACAAGGAGAGAAGUCACAGAGAUGGUAGAUAA